AUGGCUCCCCUUUCUGAAAUAUGUAUUAUUGGAGGCGGAAUGAGCGGUCUUGCGGCGGCGUUGGCGCUGGCCAAAUAUCUAUCGAGCAGGGACGAGCUCAUCAAUGUCACCGUCUAUGAGCUUCGCGACGAGCCAACCACUCUGGGCGGUGCCGUGAAUCUGAUGCCUAAUGCACUGCGAAAUCUCGACAGGCUCGGGGUGUACGAGCACCUGCAGGAGAAUAAAUGCGGCGCCGAAGUAGACCGUAUUGAGCUGUUCUCAAACUACUCUGGGCCUGGCCAGCUUGCGUCCAUGGACUUUGUAGACACAGAGGGCAGCCCGCUGGGAGGAUUCAGAGGCCUCAGGGUGAUGAGAUCUGACCUCAUGUCGGCCAUGCUGGACGCUAUCAACGCCUCUACCUAUGCAAAUGUCACGUUGAGGAUACUCUAUGGCAAGAAGGUUGUCAGGCUGGAAGAGCCUUCUUCUGGAAACAAAGGAGAGAAAAAGGUACUAGUAUCGUUCGAAGACGGAACAGAGGUCGAGGCAGAUCUGGUCCUGGGCUGUGACGGUAUACACUCCAAGACACGGAUGAAUUACGUCGAACCCGAACGAGAGCCAGUCUAUACCGGUAUUUCCGUGGCCCAGGGAUAUGUCGAUCGCAAGGCGGUCUCAUCGGACCUACAUUUCAAAGCAACGGGCAUGAACAUGUCACGAAAGGGAUCCUUGUUGGCUACUUUCUAUGAGCCAACCCACGAGAGCAUCUACCUCGCGUCCGUGACGGAGGCCAAAGAAACGCUCUCGCGAGAUGGGUGGAAGACCAAGGGAGCAGACCAGGAUGCCGUUAAAGCGGACAUCCUCGAUAGAUUUGGUGAAUCUGCCUUUCCCUGUGUAAGGGAGAUGAUCACGGCAUCAAACAGCUGGUUCUUGUUUCCCGUCUACAAAUUACCACCUGGCGGGAAGUGGUGCACCGAGAGAGUCAUGUUACUAGGAGACGCAGCUCAUGCAAUGCCCCCGCAGGGUGAAAGUAUUGGAAUCGCCAUCGAGGAUGCAAUCUUGUUUACUCGCACUCUAGCGAAGUAUCGAUCCCACCCUCUGACCGAGGCAUUUAAAGUGUACGAAGAGUUGCGUCGCCAUCGUAUAGAUGAACAUUAUCAAGAGGCAUCGAGGCGAUGGGAGACCGUUCGCGACUGUGGCUAUUUCGUGAACAAGCUGAAGGAGGUCAUCCUGCCCUGGUGGAUUUGGUGGUCAAACGACGCUCGUACAAAGACCUUCAUGUCCGACGCUGAGACAGCCGUAAUCCCCUAA